AUGAAUGAUAACUCAUAUACCAAUGGGAACCAGAAUGAUCAAUAUAAUACACAACAACUACAACAACAACAACAACCCAAAGUGCCUAUGAUGCAACCGAUGAGUUUAAUUCCUGAAGUUCAUCAAAGUCCUGGUGUUGAUACCCAAAAUAAAGAAAACCCUUUAACAGUGGCAGGUAAUCAAAUAAAUGAUAAUAACAAUCAAGGACAACAAAGUCAAGAAGGUCCACAAGGUCAAGGACAAGGUCAAGGACAACCAAUUUAUGCACAUAAUCCAAGUGAUCCAAAUUUUUUAAAAGAUCGUCAAGCUUCAUCAAUAAGUAUAAAUUCAAAAUUACCUGAAAAAUCUGCUAUAUCAAAAGGUAAAUAUAGUUUAACUGAUUUUCAAACAAUGAGAUCUUUAGGAACUGGUUCUUUUGGUAGAGUUCAUUUAGCAAGAUCAGUACAUAAUGGAAGAUUUUAUGCAAUGAAAGUAUUGAAAAAAGAACGUGUUGUUAAAAUGAAACAAGUUGAACAUACAAAUGAUGAAAGAAGAAUGUUGGCUAUAGUAGAACAUCCUUUCAUUAUAAGGAUGUGGGGGACUUUCCAAGAUUCUCGUCAAGUUUUCAUGAUUAUGGAUUAUAUAGAAGGUGGUGAGUUAUUUACUUUAUUAAGAAAAUCUCAAAGAUUUCCAAAUCCUGUUGCAAAAUUUUAUGCUGCUGAAGUUUGUCUUGCAUUAGAAUAUUUACAUAGUCAUGGUAUAAUUUAUCGUGAUUUAAAACCUGAAAAUAUAUUAUUAGAUAAAAAUGGUCAUAUUAAAUUAACAGAUUUUGGUUUUUCAAAAGAAGUUAAAGAUGUUACUUAUACAUUAUGUGGUACUCCUGAUUAUAUUGCACCUGAAGUUGUUGCAACAAAACCUUAUAAUAAAUCUGUUGAUUGGUGGUCUUUUGGUAUAUUAAUUUUUGAAAUGUUAUCAGGUUAUACACCAUUUUAUGAUUCAUCACCAAUGAAAACUUAUGAAAAUAUUUUAAAUGGACAAAUUAAAUAUCCAGAUUAUUUUCAUAAAGAUGUUUUAGAUUUAUUACAAAAAUUAAUUACAAAAAAUCUUUCUGAAAGAUUAGGUAAUUUACAAAAUGGUACAGAUGAUGUUAAAGCUCAUCCAUGGUUUUCUGAAGUUAUUUGGGAAAGAUUAUUAUCAAGAGAUAUUGAAACUCCAUAUGAACCUCCAGUAACUGCAAAUACUGGUGAUACAAGUCAAUAUGAUAGAUAUCCAGAAGAGGAAAUUGAUUAUGGUUAUGUUGGUCAAGAUCCUUAUGAACCAUUAUUUAGAGAUUUUUAA